CCGCACCAUGGGCCCGGCAGUGGCGGCGGUGGCGGCGGCGCUACUGGCGGUGGCCGGAGCCGGGCUUCCCCCUUGCUCGCUCGGCAGCCGGGGGAGCGACGGGCGGCUCUGCGCGGAGACCCGGGCGCUCGGCGGGCAAGCGACGGCUUUGGCGCUGCGCGGAGGGGGCGCCGGCCAGCGGGCGCGGGAUCCGGGCUCGGCCGCGGGGGGUCGUCGGCGAGCCAAGCGGGGCUUCACCUACCCGGGCACCCUCUGGUGCGGGGCCGGAAACAUCGCGGAGAGCUACGAGCAGCUGGGAGAGCACCAGGAAACGGACAAGUGUUGCCGGGAACACGACCACUGCCAGCACCUCAUCUACCCCUUCACCUACAAGUACGGGCACCGCAACCUGCGUUGGCACACCAUCAGCCACUGUGACUGUGACAGGAGGCUGAAAGACUGCCUGAGUGCUGUGAAUGACACCUCUUCCCGCGUGGUGGGACAAGCCUUCUUCAACAUCAUCCAGGUGCCUUGCUUCGAGUUGGCCUACAAGGAGGCCUGUGUGGAGUCCUACCUCUACGUGUGGUGCAAGAACUACAGCACGGCGGCUGUCGCCGUCCUCCAGGACCCGGUGAUGUUCGAGCACGGAGGCGAACGGAUAGACGCGCCAGCGACACGCCGGCCGCAACCGGCCUCUUCCACCGCCGUUCCCCCCACCAGCACCUUCCGACCAGCGGGGAGCUCCGCUCCUCUUCCUCCCCGGAAGCCAGGCCAGACUGCCCAGAGACGGCCCUCCCCCGGCCCCCGCCCCCGGCCGAGCAGCUCGCCCCCCAAGCCUCGGAGAGGGAAAGGGAAGGAGAGACGAGGCAGGAAAGGAAAGGGGGCAAAGAGGAAGCAGAAAGGCGCCCGGGCCGAGGCAGGCGCCCCUGCGCCCCUCCUGCGCCCCACCAGGGAGGGGGCCGCCAUCUCCCUGAAGCAGCUGGCCGGACAGGACCCGGGGAAGGGGGGCGCCCAGGCCCCAGGCGGGCAUCCCGAGGUGGGGCGGGGGGACGCUUUCAAUGCCAUCCUCAGUGACGAGCCUGGCGCAGGAGGGACUGAGCCGGGGGCGGGGGCUCCGCCUGGGAGCAUGCAGACCCUCCCGCUCAAAGGCGCCACCCCUGGGCCGUCCGGGGGAGCGGGGAGGAGGAGGGGGAGGAGGAGGAAGCUGCUCCAGGAGGAAGAGGCAACACCGCCACGCCGUGAGCGGCGCUCCGUCCCCGGCAGAGACCCGGGGGAGGAAGCGGGGGCUCCCCGGGAUGGCCUUGCUCCUCCGGCCUACGGGAAUGGCAGCUUGUUGCGCCUGCUCCCUUCUCUCCAGUCCUGCCUCGCCCAGGGCCAGAGUGGCCCUGAAUCCAAGGAGGUAAAAGGCGCUUGCCAAUGGCAAGGAGAGGAUCCCAGAUACCCUGAAGGGCAGCCUGCCUUUGCCACAGGUGCCAAGGAGAGCAGGAGGCCCCACCUGCCUCCAGGAGCAGCAUCUGCCCAGCCAGGCUCACGGGUGUGUGCGUGCGCCUCAGGGGCCCGGAGGAACGUGCCCCCUGCUGCCCACUCCCAGUAUGGGCCAGCACAAUGGCCCACGCUGGCCAGCCCCGUCCCCUUGCCUCCCGCUGCGCAGCGCUAA